AUGUUGUUUACUAAGAAGCAGAUUUUUCUCCCCUCACAUCGAUCAGCUUAUGCUUGCACUGCAGUUACGACUCUUGCAUUUUUUGGAUUUCUAAGUUGUGGAGAAUUUACCGUUUGUGGGAAUUUUGAUAAUUGUAGACAUUUGUGUCUAGAUGAUUUUCUUAAACAGUUGCUUAUCCGUUUUGGAAUUGACAGUUCCCAGUAUAGCGGGCACUCUUUUCGCAUUGGAGCUGCCACUUCAGCCGCAAGACAAGGUGUCCCCGAUCACUUAAUCCAGAGUUUAGGCACCGUCAAAAUACCUUAG